UGACAACAAAUAUGGCGGAGAGGAGCAGGACGGCAGAGACGGGUACUGCCAUAGGAAGUGAUGAAAUCAUAGCAGGGAACGUGAGCAAGUACACUGUUCUCCCACCUGGCUAUUGUGGGCAGCCUAAAAAAGGACAUCUUAUAUUUGAUGCCUGUUUUGAAAGUGGUAACCUUGGACGGGUGGACCACAUCACAGAGUUUGAGUAUGACCUGUUCAUUAGACCAGAUACCUGUAACCCACGCUUUCGAGUUUGGUUCAACUUCGCUGUGGAAAAUGUAAAAGAAUCACAGAGAGUAAUUUUCAACGUUGUCAACUUCAGCAAAACAAAAAGCCUCUAUAGAGAUGGGAUGGCUCCAAUGGUGAAAUCCACAAGCAGACCAAAAUGGCAAAGAAUACCCUCUAAAAACGUGUACUACUAUCGUUGCCCAGACCACAAGAAGAACUAUGUCAUGUCAUUUGCAUUUUGCUUUGACCGAGAGGAUGACACUUACCAGUUUGCUUACUGCUACCCCUACACCUAUACUCGCCUUCAGCACUAUCUUGACAACCUACAAAGGAGGAACAUGGACUACUUUUGCAGAGAGCUGCUAGGACUCAGUGUGCAAAAACGGCGCCUUGACCUCCUGACAAUAACCAGCCCUGAGGACAAAACUGACCUUGAGAACAGUGUGAUGCAGAAGAAAAUUAAAAUCCCCAAACUCUCUCUCAAUCAUGUAGAAGAAGCUGGGGAGGUUACAGAUUAUGGGGAAGAAGAUGCGGAGCUUAGACACAGUAAGAGACAAGAUGGAAGGAAACAAAGUGAAGGUACACACAAAAGCAUUGAAGCAGUUGUUGCUCGCCUCGAAAAACAGAAUGGAAUGAGUCUCAGUAGUACUUCCAGCCCCGAAGAGGUUUUUAUGGAGGCUUCAGAAGGCAUGAACAACAUGGACGAUGCUGUAGUUCCUCGGAUUCUGUAUGAAGAAUUGCUGAGGAGUUACCAACAGCAACAGGAAGAAAUGAGACACAUUCAACAGGAGCUUGAGAGAACGCGGCGACAGCUUGUGCAACAGGCGAAGAAGCUAAAGGAGUAUGGGGCACUCGUGUCAGAAAUGAAAGAGCUCAGAGACUUGAACAGGAGACUCCAGGAUGUACUGCUUCUAAGACUAGGUAGUGGACCUGCCAUUGAGCUUGAAAAAGUAAAAGCAGAAUCAGUUGAGCCUGAGCCUGAGGUACAGAAGACCUUCAAUGAAGAAGCAAAUACAUCAACGUACUUUCCUGCCCCUGUUCCAGUAAUGGACAAGUAUAUUCUCGAGAAUGGAAAGGUCCAUCUUGGCAGUGGAAUUUGGGUAGAUGAGGAGAAAUGGCACCAGCUGCAAGUAACACAAGGAGAUUCAAAGUAUACAAAAAAUCUAGCGGUUAUGAUUUGGGGAACAGAUGUUCUCAAGAACAGAAGUGUCACAGGAGUUGCAACCAAAAAAAAGAAAGAUGCCGUUCCCAAGCCACCUCUCUCACCUCACAAAUUAAGCAUUGUCAGAGAAUGUUUAUACGAUAGAAUAGCACAAGAAACUGUGGACGAAACGGAAAUUGCACAGAGACUCUCCAAAGUCAACAAGUACAUCUGUGAAAAAAUCAUGGAUAUCAAUAAAUCGUGUAAAAAUGAAGAAAGGAGGGAAAAUGCAAAGUACAAUUUGCAAUAAAUUUUGGAUUUUUAAUAAAGUCUUAGUGUUUUACUUCAGUGUUGUUUUAUUUUUGGUUUUGGUUCGUGUGGUGAUUUUGCCGAUGAGAGAACCUGACGUCGAGCGUCGCUCUCCUCCUCUAACUGAUUCUCUUU